AUGUCAAGACACAAUAACCAUUUUCAUCAUCAUUACAUUGGCCCCCAACCAUGUCGAAAGUCGUCUACGGAUUUAUAUGAUUAUCAUUCCAGCUUCUCAGCUGGAGUUGCGUAUAGCCUAAAUGAUAAGAGAAAACGAGUAAUAGCCCCGCAAACAAGAGGGAGGUUCUCAGAGACUACACAAAGCAUAAAUAUUGACCCACGGCAGUUUGGGAAACUUCUCUUUAUUGAGGAACAGAGGCGGACAUUCAUGAAAGGAAAACCUGAUAUGACUUUGGAAGACUUUUCUGUUAACGUUGAAUGUAGUUGGAAAUAUCUAACACAGCAGCAGCGAGAUGAAUACUGGCGAAGGGCAGCGUAUAUCGCCCAAGCGGGCUGUCAAGCACAAAAGAUAUUGGAUAACUUAAGUAUGACAAACCUAUAUACGCCUAUACCAUCCAUACCGUCUAUACCAUCUAUACCCUCUAUGCCAUCUACACCAUCUACACCACUACCACCGGCAUUCCCACCAACACUUCUAUCUCCACCAAAAAUACCACGUACUUCCUAUGAACAUUUUGUUAUCGAUAUGAAAGAGGCGCUAAGUCGUCAUGUACCUUUUAUUGAUGAACGCACUAUAAGACAAAUAACCGAUGAAAGGUGGGAUAGAAUGACUGUGGAACGAAGAGCCCCGUGGAUUGAAAAGUCGUUUGCGGAUCAAAGGAAGUAUUUUGUGGAAAGGAAAUUGUAUGUAGAAGCCAUAGAAGAGCGGGAGAAAUAUUUUGCAGAAUUAGGCUAUCACUAUUAA